CGACAUUCUUUAAUUUCUCCCUCCUUCGCUCUUCCCCCGCGCUCCAACCGUGCUUCAAUUUACGGUCAGUCUUGCUGAACGGCGCGGGUUCCCAGCGUUCAUCAAAUGUUUGCAUUGCGGUCAUUGCGCCUGUUUUCUCAAAGACUCCCCUCGAGAUUGUCCCUCCAGACUCCCCCCCGCCUGGUCCACACUCGUCCACAUCCAGAUAUCGAUCAGCGAUUGAGCGCUGUCGUUCGAAACAUGCAGAACGCACCCAAGAAGCCCGCCAACCCGCCCAAGCGGCGCAAGCAGCUCCGCAAUGAGAAGCUCAAAGGCUUCGACGAGGUCCUCCAGGCCGAUAUCGAUGCGCUUCUCCGCAAACACAAGCCCGAAACCGAGGUCGAAUACCUGACGCCUCAAGAGCCCGCCUUGCCCGAGCUCUUCUCCGAGAUUGAAGUCCAAGUCGCCGAGAUUUCGUCCACGGGGGAUGGUCUGGCCUUGUCGGAGAAGCAGGACCAUGUCUACGUGGUGCCCUUCAGCGUCCCCGGAGACAAAGUGCUGAUCAAGGUUGUGCGCCAUUUCGCCUCUCUCCAAUACACUCUCGCCGACUUCAUCAAGGUCGUCGAACCCGGCCCCCAGCGCAACGACGCCGGCAUCGGCUGCCAGUACUUCGGGAAGUGCUCGGGCUGCCAGCUCCAGAUGAUGUCCUACGAGGACCAACUGGCGCACAAGAAGCGCAUUGUCGAGAAAGCCUACGCCAACUUCUCCGGCCUCAUUCCCGAGCUGAUCCCCGCCAUCGGCGACACCUUCCCCUCUCCACUGCAAUACGGUUACCGCACCAAGCUCACGCCGCACUUCGCCGCUCCCCCCGGCAGUGGCCGCGGCCGUCGCAACAAGGACUCGGGCGUGCGACACACCGAGGUCCCGCCCAUCGGCUUCACCUACAAGAACCGGCGCACCGACCUCGACAUUGAAGAUUGCCCGCUGGGCACCGAGAUCGUGCGCCAGGGCCUCAAGAGCGAGCGCAAGCGCGUGGCCGAGCGUCUCUCCACGUACAGCCAGGGCGCGACGCUCCUGCUGCGCGAAUCCACCUCGCGCAUCCCCAAGGGCGACCAGGCCGCCGCCGCGAAGACCGAGUGGCCGCGCACCGACGACCUCAACCAUAUCAACGACUACUCCGCCGACCUCAUCCGCAACGAGACCGACACCUACACCGAAGAGAAACGCUGCGUGACCAACCCCAACGCCACGACGGUCGAAUACGUCGACAACUACGUCUUCACCAACAAAGCCGGCGCCUUCUUCCAAAACAACAACUCCAUCCUCACCGGCUUCACCGACUACAUCCGCCAACACGCCCUCGCACCACCUCCUUCCACUAACCCCUCCUCCUCCACCUCCACCUCCACCCCCAAUGAUCCAUCCACCCAACCAAUCAAAUACCUCCUAGACGCCUACUCCGGCUCCGGCCUCUUCACCAUCACCCUCUCCCCGCUCUUCAAAUCCAGCCUCGGCGUCGACGUCGCCGGCGACUCCAUCCUGUCCGCCCGCCAGAACGCCCGCGCCAACGCCCUCCCCAACACCGGCUUCGCCGCCGCUGACGCCGCCGUCCUCUUCAAGGACGUCCCCUACCCCGCCGACCAGACCCUGCUCGUCAUCGACCCGCCCCGCAAGGGGUGCAGCGACGACUUCCUCCGCCAGCUGCUCGCCUACGGCCCCAAGCGCGUCGUCUACGUCUCCUGUAAUGUCCACACCCAGGCCCGCGACGUCGGCGUCAUGGUCCAGGGCAGCCCCGUCCAUAAGAUCCGGUACGAAAUUGAGAGCAUAAGGGGCUUUGACUUCUUUCCGCAGACGGGGCAUGUUGAGGGUGUGGCGGUGUUGAAUCGCGUGGCGAUUCCGGAGGGGGAAGGGGAGUCGGCUUAGUUUGGUUUGGUUUGAUUGGUCAACGCUGAGGGAUUGAGGGUUGGGUGGUGAAUAUGGCUGUUGUAUGGUGAGGUGAGUCGAGGUGAAGUGUGGAUGAGUGUUGGAUUUUACUAUUUACCUGUGCUUGAUGUAUACAUAUUACGUGCUUAUUGGCGUUGUGGGGCCGGGGUAUUCCAAAAAUAGUGCCGUGUUUACGUUUCAGACUGGGUUACUUCGGCUGUGAUGUGGGUUGGUUACGUCGGGGACUGUCAAGUAACUAUCUUAACGUUGAUUGCCUCUACAUUGCAUCCAUAUUAUA